GCCGGUACUAUACAUCGGCUGUCAGUCACACCCACUCUAACAGGAUGCUCGCAGUGUUAUGAGGAAGAAAAAUCGUCGAAUUUCUAUCGGAAAAGUGAAUUGAUUGAAAUGGAUUUGUAAGGAAAUCACAAGAACUUGCAAAAAUGUCACUAAAGGUAGAAGUUAUCGAGGCGUCAAACGUUCCGAAUUUGGAAAGUUUUGGAGAAAGUGAUCCAUACACUACAAUUACUUAUCAAGGAGUGUCCAAAAAGACCAAAGUUAUAAAAUCAGACCUAAAUCCAAAGUGGAAUGAGGCAUUGGACUUCGACCUUGCGGGUGUGGCUAUCAGUGGAAAUGACCAACUGGAGGUGACUGUCAAAGACUGGGAAAGAGUUGGUAGAAACAGAUUGCUUGGUACAGCUAAAGUUCCCCUGGCUGACCUUUGUAGGGGAGGACCCCAGAACAAAGAUGUGGACACAAUAUUGAUGGACGGAAAUGGGCAACCAUUGCCUCAGACAAAGAUCAGAAUGAAAGUGAGCUAUAACCCUCCCCCUGGGGCAACCCCACCUGCUCCUGCACCAGGGGCUGGUGGAGCAGCAACAGGACAGGAAGUCUCCAUGGGAGAUGCCGGGGAGGAGGAAGAGGAAGAAGAAGAAGAGGAGGUGGAUGCAGGACCACCGGAAAUUGAUCCGGCUACAGGUUUACCGAAGCCACGCCCUAAAAAGAAAAAGAAAAAAUUGGGCAAAAGAAGAUUCAGAGGGAAACUGUCAAAUAAGCCUCAGGACUUCCAGAUUCGAAUAAAAGUUAUCGAAGGACGUCAGAUUGAGGGAUCAAAUAUACAGCCAGUUUGCAAAGUGACCUGCUUCAACCAAGUGAAACAAACACGUGUGAAGAAAUCCACAAAUUCUCCAUUCUGGAACGAAACAUUCUUUUUCAAUUUUCAUGCUUCGCCUGCAGAACUGUUUGAUGAACUGUUAGAGUUUACUGUAUUUAAUUCCAGGAAGCUUAGAUCUGAUGCCAUGAUAGGAUCAUUUAAGAUGGAUAUUGGUAUGGUAUGGGAGCAAGGAAAUCAUGCCUUUGUAAAUAAAUGGUUGCUACUUGGUGACCCGGAGGACAGUAUGGCAGGUGCCAAGGGAUAUCUCAAAUUCUGUGCAAUAGUCUUGGGUCCAGGUGAUACCCCUCCGUCCAUGAAAGCCCACACUACGUCUGAUGAUUCGGAGGAUAUUGAGAGUAAUCUUUUACGACCAGCAGGAGUCCAGCUGAGACCAGCAACAUUUGCCCUCAAUGUAUACAAGUGUGAGGAUAUACCCAGAAUGGAUACAGCCUUCUUGCAAGGGGUGAAGAAAUUUUUCCGUAUUGGGGAGGAAGUAAAAGAGCUUGUUGAUCCUUACUUUCUUAUGGGUUUUGCUGGAAAAGAGGUCCAGACCAAGAUAAUGUACUGCAAUGAUCAUCCAGAAUACAAUCAGAGAUUAAAGAUUGGUCUACAGUUUCCUUCAAUGUGUGAAAAGAUCAGACUGUCCAUGAAAGAUUGGGACAGAAUUUCAGAGGACGAUAUAAUCGGUACAAAUUUUCUUGAGGUGUCACAAAUUUCAUCUCCAGGAGACAAUGAGAAAGAGGAGGGUUUCCUUCCAACAUUUGGACCAUGUUUUGUGAACUUCUACGGCUCCCCCAGAGAAUUCUCAGAGCUUCCUGAUGAGUAUGAGGAACUGAACAGUGGAAAAGGUGAGGGAGUGGCAUUCAGAGGUCGAGCUAUGGUUGAGUUGAAGACAAUUGGCGGUGAAUUACCAGAUGUUCCUGUGGAAGAUAUCAAUCCUGAAGACACGCUAAAAGUUCAGAAAUUUAUGAGAAAACGACGUUACAAGCUCCAUGCUGCUUUCCUACAUGCCACAAUGGUCAGUGCUAUAGAUGCCCCAGUAGAGUUUGAAGUCAGCAUAGGAAACUAUGGUAACAAGUUGGAUGAUUACAUAGCUCCGUGUGCAUCUACUACCCAGCCUACUAAUGCUGUAUUUGAUGGUUCACACUAUUACUUCUUGCCAUGGGGUGGUACCAAGCCUUGUGUGGUGGUUGAUGCCCAGUAUGAGGAUAUUGGUUGGAGACUUGAGGCGUUGAAUUUGUUUGAAGGCAUAAUAGCAGCUCUGGAAUCUAACAUAGAACAAGUGAAGGUUGGAAUAAAAGCUAAGCUGCCAACCCCAGAACUGGCUCAACUGCUGAUAUCAGCCCUGGAUCAGCUGGUGGAGGACUGCAGAAAGCCAUUACCAAAGGCCCAGAAAGGAGUGCAUCUAACUACAGAACUGGAUAGUCUGUUGACAGGCUACAGAGAGUGUGAAAUGGAAAAUCUUAUUGAGAUGGCAACAACCCUCCGAGAAAAUGCCACCGAUAUAAACGAGGCUCUCAAUGAGGCUGAAAACUUCCUACAAAUUUUAAGAAACCUCGCUGUUGAGCCCCAGAACAGUAUGCCAGAUAUUAUCAUAUGGAUGAUAAGUGGAGAGAAGAGAGUAGCGUACCAUCGUAUACCAGCAAACACACUGCUAUACUCCAAGAAUCCACUGUAUUGUGGAAGGGAAUGCGGAAAGAUACAAGCCAUACAAAUGAAGUAUCCUGGCCACAAGGCAGAGAAAAAGCAUGACGUUCCGGCACUUUUGAGGAUCAAACUUUGGUUCGGCCUUCAGGGUGAUGAGGAAACCUGGCACCAAAUGCAGAAGGAGGGUGAAAUGGCUGUGUUUGCUGAGACGUAUGAGAACCAAGUGAGCAUUCUUGGUAAUUGGACUAGUAGGGGGGGACCACUAUUGACAAGACCAAAAUUCUCUGACUCCCAGGGAAAGGUAAAACUGACCAAAGAGAAGUUUGUGCCUCCACCUGGCUGGCAGUGGGAGGGUGAAUGGUACAUCAACCCUGAACUUAGUAUGUUGUAUGACAAAGAUGCUGGGCACCGGACAUUUAUUGAUGAUGUGUAUGAAUGUCAGAUGAGGCUGCCGGGAACCAACUGGGUAGAAUCAACAAGACCAUGGUCUAAUGUGAAAGGAGACCCUUCCCCUUCUAAAGGUGAGAUGGAGCUACCUGCAGGCUGGGUGUGGGAAGAUGAUUGGCAGAUUGAUCUGAGCAGAGCUGUUGAUGAAGAUGGAUUUGAGUACUGUGUUGAAGCUACAAUUGGAGGCUGGGGAUCAACAGAGAGGAGGUACCAUCUAUGUAGACGUCGUAGAUGGGUCCGAUCCAGAAAACUUGUAGAAAAUAUGAAGCAGAAAAAAGAAAAGGAGAAGCAACUCCAGGCUGCCACAGAAGGUUGGGAGUAUGCUCCCUUGUUCAAUAUGAAGUUCCAUCACAUUGAAAGGAAAAUGGAUAUGGUUAGACGUAGACGUUGGCACAGAAAAAUGGUGAACACCGACCCCGGUGCGCCAUGCUUCUUCAGUAUGCAAGAAGCUGAUUCAAAGUCCAAAAAGAAGGACAGUGAUGAUGAGAGUGAAGAGAUAUCUCAGAUGUCUGCUCCUAGAAUGUUCCUUGUCUUCAAAAAUGCUUUCAAAUACCAACUUCGUGCCUACAUAUACCAAGCACGUGAUAUUCUUGCCAUGGAUGACUCGGGAAUGUCUGACCCAUUUGCACGAGUUUCUUUCCUUACACAAAGUUUACGAACAGAGAAUAUAAAGAAGAGCUUAUGCCCCACAUGGGAUCAGACGCUGAUCUUUGAGGAGAUUGAGAUUCACGGAGAUCCGAGGUCGAUGGAGGCCCAACCUCCAGAUAUCUACAUAGAACUGUUUGACCAUGAUACCUUUGGUGAGCCAGAAUUCCUUGGUAGGGCUAAGGCUCAUCCUAUGGUAAAGUUAGACCCUGGGGAUGCUCGAUCCCCCGUGCUGCAGUGGUACGAGAUCAGACGUGGAAAGGAUUCUGGAGGCGAACUCCUUGCAGCAUUUGAACUUUUCUUGAUGAAUGGAAAAGAUUUGCCAUUUAUGCCACCGAAGAGAGGUGAUCUGUUUACUGUACCAAAUGGUAUCCGACCUGUCAUGCAGAGGACUGGUAUAGAGGUAAGAUGGAUACUAUCAAUACAUGGGCCACAAAGAAGAGCCAUUGUUGGAAAUGGACCAGGUGGUGAACAUGUUGUAGACAUGCCAGCUGAAGGGGAACAGAGGGAAGGGAGACAACAAACCAGUUUGGAUGGAAAAGCUAUUUUACAAUUACAGAAAACAAAAAAAGUUAAAUCAGCACAGAAAUUAAUAGCAAGAGAGUCUUGUGUAAUUUCUAUGGCAACUUUGAUGAAGGAACAGGAGGAGGUAGAUUAUGAGGACAUAGACUGGUGGUCAAAAUAUUAUGCCUCCAUCGGAGAUACAGAGAAAUGUCAGAAAUACCUCGACAAAGAUCUCGACAAGAUUGUUGUAUAUGACUCUGAGCUAGAGAAGACAGAAGGUUUUGGAGACUUUGUUGAUUUCUGUGAGACCUUUGACCUUGAGAGGGGCAAGGAUGAUGAUGAUGAGGAGUCAAACAUGAUUGGACAGUUCAAGGGUCUGUUUAAAGUAUACCCACUUCCAUCUGACCCGAAUGAAGAAGUUCCAGUUAAAGUUCUUGGCAAUGUACCAUCUAGUGAACCAGAGGAAUGCAUUGUUAGAGUAUACUGUAUCAAAGCCAUAGAUCUGCAGCCAAAUGACCCAACUGGACUGGCUGAUCCCUACAUUCAGAUCAAGUUAGGAAAGAAGAGUGUAGAUAGUAGAGACAACUAUAUCCCUAACUCAAUCAAUCCCGUUUUUGGAAUAAUGUUUGAAAUGACGACUGUGUUACCGGUGUUUAAGGAUCUUACUAUCAAGGUGAUGGACUAUGAUCUAGUGAGCAGUGAUGAUCUGAUUGGAGAAACUAAGAUAGAUCUGGAAAAUAGAAUGUUGUCCAGGCACAGAGCCAGCUGUGGUAUUCCAAAAUCUUACUAUGUAGAGGGGCCUAACAAAUGGAGAGAUGCAAAGAAACCUAAAGAAAUUCUUGAAGACUUAUGUAGUAACAGAAGCAUGGCUCCACCCAUGUUCUAUGGAAAUAAUAGUGCCAAGGUUGGAAGAAAAGUCUACAAACUAUCGGAAUUUGAGGCUGGGAAGGUGAUUUCUGUAGAUCAUGGUCCAGCAGACCAGAGACUAGCCCUACAUAUUCUCAAUACAUUUGAUGUAGUUAAAGAACAUGUGGAAACUAGGCCUAUAUACAAUCCACUUCAGCCCAAUAUUGAACAGGGCAAGUUGAUGAUGUGGGUGGAUGUAUUCCCGAAAUCUCUCGGAGAACCUGGCCCACCAUUUGAUAUCAAAGCCAGAAAACCAAAAGAAUAUGUAUUGAGAACAGUGAUUUACAACACUGUGGAUGUGAUACUAGAUGAAACGUCCAUCACCGGGGAGAAGAUGAGUGAUAUAUAUGUAUCUGGCUGGCUUCAAGGGGCUGAUGAAAAACAGAAAACCGAUAUACACUACAGGUCACUAAAUGGAGAAGGAAACUUUAACUGGAGAUUUGUUUUCCCAUUCGAAUUCAUGCCAGCUGAAAACUGUAUGGUUGUGAAGAAAAAGGAGAAGUUCUGGAGUCUAGAUGAGACAGAACAGCGUCUGCCAGCUAUAUUUAUGAUACAGGUCUGGGAUAAUGACAAAUUCUCAUUUGAUGACUUCCUAGGUACAAUUGAACUAAAUUUGAGCAACAUGCCGAUGCCUUCCAAGCGUGCUGGAUCAUGUGAUCUGAAACAGUUGCCGGACAUCACCAUGGGUAACACAAAUGUGAAGACUGUGUCACUGUUUGAGCAGAAGAGACUACGAGGAUUCUGGCCUGUCUAUGACGAGAAGGACGGCCAGAGACAACUAACUGGCAAAGUUGAGAUGGAAAUUGAACUGAUUUCCAAGGAAGAAUCAGAAACAAGACCAGCGGGUAAAGCCCGAGAUGAACCCAAUAUGAACCCUGUCUUAGAUCCACCAAAUCGACCAGAGACGUCAUUCCUGUGGUUCACAUCACCAUUCAAGACCCUACGAUACAUUAUCUGGGCCAACUACAAGUGGUAUUUCAUCAUCGGACUUCUCGUCCUUCUCCUGAUACUGCUUAUCUUCCUGUUCAUAUACUCCUUCCCAGGCAAUUUCUCCGCCUGGAUUCUUGGCAACAAUUGAAAAGUCCAAACAAAACAGUAACUGUGAUCUAUUUCAGGAAAUUUGGUGUAAAUGGAACAUUUUGUUGUGACAGCUUAAUCAUCUUCAUAAAGCUAAAAUGUCAAAUAUCAAAACACCACCUAAAACAUUGAGUGACAUAGAUUCUCCACAAAGUUUCAGUUCAUAACUGGCUUAUACAUUGUGUAGCAAUAUAUUGCAAAUAUCCAACAAAUGGGCACUUCUUCAGAAAGACUUAUUAUCCUUAUAUGUUGCAAUUUCUCAUUAAAAAUUAUUGAAUUUCUAAGCGACCUUGAUAUUUAUGGAGUAUAUUUGUGACCAUGACCUUGAUUAGAAUAACCAUGGUGAUUUUAGUGCUUACACCAUGCAACAAACAUCAGUUACUGAAAUUCUGGAAAUAUUGGAAAAUACCGUGGCAAAGAGUGACGUCUUGUUCAAUGAAGUAUGUGUUAAAUGAACUGGAAGUUUUGAUUGUCAUCACAGUAAAUUUUGAGUAAGGGGUGCCUGAAAAACAGAUUUAGUUUAGACAACUGCAUAUAGAUUGGAUACAGUCUGAAAAUUAUUUAAUAUUCUAUAUUGUUAUGUGAUAAGCCUAUUUUCACAAGUAUUUUAAAGUGGAGAAUGUUUUACUUGACUCUUAAAUUAUGCUCAUUAUUGAAAGGAGUAAAAGAGAACCACUUGAAGCAAAACGUGGCAACUCUGCAAACUAUGUAAACUUUGCAAAAUAUAGCAGUCUUGCAAAAUAUGGCAACUUUGUGAAAUAUGGCAACUUUUUAGAGUUUGAAGUGAGAUAAUCCCCACAUUAAAAUGUUAUGUGAAAGUUGGGUUUUGAGGGACUAGCUGAAUAAACAAUAUGCAUAAAUUAGUAUAUAAGGUGCUUCCUUGUUAAGCAAUUUCCUGUUAACGUCUGUUUUCUUGUUAUACACUGUUUACAGUUUAUAAAUAUAUUAUAUUUAUAGCCUAUUGAUCAAAUAUUCACGGGGGUUAGGACACUGAUAUUUUUAAUGUGUGUUCCAAAUUUUUUCCAAAUCAUCCCAUUCUGAGGGUCUUUAUAAGUGAAUUUCUAGACAGUUUUGAAAAAUGAUGAAAUACAAUUAUUUGUGUUUUAAGAAAUUACAAAAAGUUGAUAAGUUAAUGAAGUUAGGCAGAUAGUACAAAAGUACAAAAAUUUGCUUAAAUAUAAACCUUGCUAAUGUCUAAAUUCAUUUGUUUUCUCAACAGAUUCUGCCAGACAGAUCUUUAAGCGGCAGUGCAAAUUUGGGACGUGUUGUAUAGAAAUAAUUCCAGUGAAUUAUGAAUGAUUGGGUUGAGAUUUUAGUACAAAAUAUUUUACUUACAACAGGCAUAUUUUAAAUGUAAGUGUCCUACCUCCAAAUGUGAAAGCAGCGCUUUUUUUAUUGUUAGACAAUACACCAGUAUUCACUCUUGUGAUACAUUAUAUUUUGUAGUGCUAUAUGAACUAAUCAUAUGAGCCGCGCCAUGAGAAAACCAACAUAGUGACUUUGCGACCAGCAUGGAUCUAGACCAGCCUGCGCAUCUGCGCAGUCUGGUCAGGAUCCUUGCUGUUCGCUAACAGUUUUUCUUAUAAGAAUAGGCUUUGAAAGCUAACAUCAUGGAUCCUGACCAGACUGAGCGGAUGCGCAGGCUGGUCUGGAUCCAUGCUGGUCGCAAAGCCACUAUGUUGGUUUUCUCAUGGCGCAGCUCAUAUUUACCAUUUUACAUACGUAUACCAUAUAUUAUGCAAAAUUUGUGAUGAAUAGUACCACCUCUAUAAAAUCAUGCAAAUUAAUGCUGAUUUAGAAUAUACAUGUAUAUCACUGUGUAGCUAUCACACACAUCAAAACCUACUGACAGCGAAAAAUAUAGUUUUGAUAUUUUGUAUUUAGAAAUCUGCAUAGUUUUUCUUUAGAUUUUUGCUUGCUUUUUUGAAUACUUUUUUUUUUCAAUAUUUGAUACAAAGACUGGGUGCUAAAACUAUGAAAAGUACAGUUGUAUAUAGGAGGCCAUUUAUACAAGUUAUUAAGAAAGCAGAAGCAGAUGAUGAGCAGAUGAAUGACUGAACAUUUUCUUUAAUUUAUGACAUGUGUUUCAUGUAACAGUUUUCUUAAUGACAGCUGAAAUAUACAUGACCAUAAGUUUGAAAUGGCCUAAUUUUGUACAGUAGUUUUCAUUUUGUUAAUAGUAUAUUUUACAUGUUGAAUAUAUCACACAGGCCUGUUUAUUUGCUUGCAUAAAUGUUAAGUUUACUUUAAAUGAACUGAGUAUUAAGUGAAGUCAAAAUAAGCACUUGCAGUUAACCAAUACUUACCUUUCAUGGUAAUAACAUACAUGCAUUUAUAACUUCAUCAGUAUAAAAAUGUAUCAAAGCACAUGUAAUUAAAUAAAUUUUUAAAAUCUUAGGAAAACGCUGAAAGUUACAUGUGUGUUUAAUGUGGUUUAAAUUAUUAUAAUAUUCUCUAUAUUUUUAAGACUUUUCUAUGCCUUUUUAUCUUAUACACAUAUAGUUUUUAUAAUAUAUAUUGUUGCCUCACUUUAUUGUAUACUUUCAAACUGUUUAGGUUUUUGCAAUAUAGGUGCAAUUGUUUAUGACAAGAACAAAAUUAAUGUAAAGAAAAUUUGUGUUGUAUUACACCCCCAACUUUUCUGUAGUAAUUUCACUCUGCAUGUAUGUAAGACAAAUACAAGCCUGUAUACAGUAUAGAAGGAGAAUUGAUCUGAAAACUUUGGUAAUAAAGCAAUGUAAGAGAUUUCAGUUUGGACUGUUGUCAGGGCCUUUAGAUAUUAGUGGUAAAAAAUAACCCACAAAAGAAAAAUUGAAGCAAGAGAUCAAGUGAGCAGCGCCAUGAGAAUACCAACAAAGUGGCUUUGCGACCAGCAUGGAUCCAGACCAGCCUGCGCAUCCGCGCAGGCUGGUCAGGAUCCAUGAUGUUUGCUUUCAAAGCCUAUUGCAAUUAGAGAAACAGCGAAAAGCAUGGAUCCUGACCAGACUGCACGGAUGCGCAGGCUGGUCUGGAUCCAUGCUGUUUGCAAAGGCACUAUGUUGGUUUUCUCAUGGCGCGGCUCAAGUGUUUUCUGGAACCGGUAUAAUCUCUUACAUUAUAUAUUAUGGUGGUGAUGAUAAUUAGAUGCUAUAUGGUAGUGCCUGCAAGAUGGCAGGGUGUGGGAGGGAUUUUCACUUAGUCUAAAGAAAACUUGCCAUUUGUGUGUUUGUUUGUAAUAUUAUGUAGCACAUCAGUGGUAGAAAGAUUUUGAUCAGAGUAUGAAAGUGUACUAUACAAACAUUCUGAAUUAUUGUAGAAUGUCAUAUUACUUGAGGUUCGUUGGUGUGAGUCAGCUCUGUUGACAUUUGCUACAAUUACUUGACUUUAGUAAUAUUUAACUCUACAUUUCAAUAUCACAUUAUACAUGCAAAUGCAAUGUAACAAAAUUUCUUCUCUUUUGUAAUAGCAUUAACAUAUACAUACAUUACUGCUUUUAUAGAUAUUAAGCAAUAUUAUAUAUUUGUAAAUGAAAUUUGUGGUUAAGGUAUUAAAUUUUAUCAUUGCCUA